CCGCCAGCAGUUGGUGAAAUCUUCGCUCCGGCUAAAUAUUGUGGUGCAGAGAAGCGCAAAGGAAUACAGUAUCCCAAGACGAGAGCCUGUACGGAAGCCCGUGUAGCUUGUCCCGAUCCGGAAAUUAUCACAGGUCUGCUUUUCAGAUCAACCCUGUCACGGCAGUUAUACGGUGGUGAUAUCACUGGCAGCGUUUCGUUGAGCACGGACGUUCUGGCGCUGGCACGGAGCCAAUUCGGCGCUCUUGACGACCGAAAUCAACGCCAAUGGAGGGCAACGAACUUCACAGAGUCAUUCGGCUCUUCCGGGGACCACCUCUUAUCGCCGAAAGCAGUGCCUGUGUGGGAGGAGUUGCCGGCAGCUGUCCGGAUAGACCAUGCGUCCACACUCAUGGGCGCUUUGGAACAAAGUGCACUACUUCUUGCUGAUUAUACUGUCGACCAACACAAGAAGUUACAGUAUGACUACUGGGGUGAGCAAACUGCUUCUAGAAUUAAAGGGUUAGGCUCGGGCUUAGCAAUGGAAAUUGACGUUCAUCGUCCAGAAGAAUACGUGAACCCAGAAGAACGCUGCAAUCGUUCCCUUCAGUGGGUCCGAUGA